AUGAAGACGAAGAAGAUGACAGCAGUGGUUGCAAUGCUCUGGUGGGCGGUAAUGUUGGGCGGCGUGGCAAUGCCAUUGGCUCGUGGCAGCAGCAUUGAUCAAAGUCCCCAGGCGGUGGAGAAAUGGUUCGAAGAGCUUCCUCAUGCAAAGGAGAAGCUGACAAAGCUUCACUUCUACCUUCACGACAACAUAACUGCCCAAAACCCCACCGCUAUUCAAGUGGCUCAAGCCAACAUCACUAGCAAAUCACCAACAAUGUUUGGCGCAACUUUCGUCCUCGAGGACCCGUUGACCUUGGGACCGGACCCCAGUUCCAAGAUCAUAGGUCAUGCCCAGGGUAUAUAUAGUUCGGUAUCGAAAGAGGAAACUUCACUCAUUCUGAUCCUGAACUUGGUAUUCACCCAUGGCAAGUUCGAAGGUAGCACCCUCAGCCUUCUAGGCAUCGAUCCCAUAUUGCACCAGUACAGGGAGCUGCCAAUACUGGGUGGUACUGGGGUUUUCCGACUGGCCCGCGGAAUAGCCACUGCACAAACCUAUACUUUCAAUGCUACGACCCUUAAUGCUAUCGUUGAGUACCACGUUCUCGUUAUACAUUAUUGA